UUAAAACCAAAAGAUUAAUAAGAAUAGCAUGUAACUAUGAAGUAUAAACUCAAGACACUCAAGCUGAAACCAUCCAGAGAUUCCAGACAACAGGAGCCAAUGGCCCCCAGAGCGCUCUCCGUCUUCCUCUCGCCGCUCCUUCUCCCUCACCAACUCUCAAACCCCAACUCCUCUUCUCUGCAAAUUCGCCAAAUCAAACUAGCAAAACCCACCACCAUACUCUGUAAAGCCACACGCCAGCAUACCCAUUACAAUGCGCCCUCAACUCCCAAGACUCAGAGUCCCUCCCACUCCGGCUGCGAACCCGUGCCGGAGGGAACCGGGGCAGCUGCCCCGACGCCAGGCGAAAUCUUCCUUGAGAGUCGCCAAGCCAGGGCUGCGUCGGCUAUGGUGCUUUCGGCCAAUAAGAAGAAAAAGAAGAAGAGGGAUAAGUCCAGCGGGUCUCUGAAGGUUUCUACUGCGGUUUCUUGUUGUUAUGGUUGUGGAGCUCCGUUGCAGACGAAGGAAGCCGAGGCUCCGGGUUAUGUGGAUUUAGAGACGUAUGAAUUGAAGAAGAAACACCAUCAGCUUAGAACCGUGCUUUGUGGGAGGUGUCGUCUUCUAUCUCAUGGUCACAUGAUAACUGCCGUUGGUGGAAAUGGAGGUUAUUCUGGUGGCAAGCAGUUUGCGUCUGCAGAGGAGCUUCGAGAAAAGCUAUCUCACUUGCGUCAUGAGAAAGCUUUGAUUGUCAAAUUGGUUGAUAUUGUGGACUUCAAUGGCAGUUUUUUGGCCCGUGUGCGUGAUCUUGCUGGUGCAAAUCCAAUAAUAUUGGUGGUGACCAAGGUUGAUCUCCUCCCUAGAGAAACUGAUUUUAAUUGUAUUGGCGACUGGGUUGUGGAGGCCACUAUGAAAAAGAAGCUUAACGUAAUGAGUGUUCACCUGACAAGUUCCAAGUCUUUGGUUGGAAUUGCUGGCGUUGUGUCAGAAAUACAAAGUGAGAAAAAGGUUUGUCACCUCUGCAUCGAUAAUUUACACCUAUUAGGCUCAGCUAAUGUUGGAAAAUCUGCAUUCAUCAGUGCUAUCUUGAAACUAAUGGCAGAAAGAGAUCCAGUGGCUGAAAUGGCACGAAAAUACAAACCAAUACAGUCUGCUGUUCCUGGGACUACACUAGGCCCAAUUCAGAUUGAUGCUUUUUUUGGGGGAGGGAAAUUAUAUGACACUCCUGGGGUUCAUCUACACCACAGGCAAACUGUGGUGGUUCAUUCAGAAGAUCUGCCUGCCCUUGCUCUUCAAAGUCGGCUCAGGGGUCGAACCUUCCCUGUAGCCUCUGAUGAGAAGACAAGUAGUGAAAAUGGAUCCAAUGGAUUAAAUGGUUUUUCAGUAUUUUGGGGAGGUCUUGUCAGAAUCGAUUUCUUGAAGGUCCUGCCACAGACACGAUUAAUAUUUUAUGGACCCAAAAGAUUACAGAUUCACAUGGUACCCACUGUUAUAGCAGAUGAAUUUUACAAGAAAGAAGUUGGAGUUUCGUUGACACCUCCAACUGGAAAACAAAAGGCAGAUGAAUGGAUGGGACUUGAAACAGAGCGGCAGUUGCAAAUCAAUUUCGAAGGCAAGGACAGGCCUGCUUGUGAUGUGGCUAUUUCGGGCUUAGGAUGGAUUGCAAUUGAACCAGUGAACAAAUCAUUAGCGGUGCCCGACUCGGACUUAGAAGACACCACUAAAGAACUGCAUUUGGUUGUUCGUGUGCCCAAACCAGUUGAGAUUUUCGUUCGCCCUCCACUGCCAGUGGGGAAGGCUGGUAGAGAAUGGUACCAGUAUCGGGAGUUGACAGAGAAGGAAAUGGAAGCAAGACCCAAAUGGUUCUUCUGAUGCCGCUGCUUUUUUAUUGAUUUGUGUAUAAUCAAUCUUGAUAUUAUUCAAAUGGGUUGGUGAAAGCUGUUAGGAUAAGUGUGAGCUUCUGAAAAUUUGAAAACAAAACUUGCUGUAUAAAAAUCAGCACAGUUUUUCAUUUUAAAUAUCUUCUGUUGAUGUUUAAUGGCAUAUGAAAAGAAAUAGAAGCAAGGCUGUCAUGGAAUGAAAAGUGUUGUCUUCUUAUUAUGGGUUUUUAGUCCAUAAAAAUAGAAUGAAGUUAAAUUGACUCGAACAUUUUUGG